CACACACACACACGCAUACAGUCAGAUACAGGCGGCAGUGACAAGCAGCUCCAAGCGGCGAGCUCAUUCGCACCCACACCACAGCUCCCUCCCCGCUCAGAGAAGCUGGUCCCAAGUCGGCUCCGCAGUCUGAGCCUCGCUUCGCUCAGGUUUCUGCGGUCGCUGGUAUCCACUCACCCAGGACAACCUCCGAACCUACUAGCACGGUGUCUUUACUGAUUGGGAGGAGAUGAGUUCUGCCAAGAAACUGCCGCUCACACUACAGCGCUCGCUCUCAGCCUCCUCGCUGUUCCCGGUGCCCACCUUCCACACGGAUGAGUUGCUGGGAUACUGGAGGGACCAGGAGAUCCCAGGUUCUCCCGAGGUCUCUGGGGAGCAGAAGCUGGGAGCUGGAUGGACUGAGGGCUCAAUGUCUCCCGGCUCGGAGCAGUGGCCAGAGAGGGAGAGGCAGGUCUCAACGAUGGACACCCCACACAGCGGCCAUGGUAGUUUGAAAAUGAAGAACGUCAGUCACCACAAAACAACACAGGAGAAAUCCGGAGAGACCGGUGACAAUGCUGAUAUCCCGUGUGAUCCCAAGACAGUGGCAGAUGUUAGAGUUGCGGACAGUGAAGAGAGCGAGGAAGACAGCACCUCAGAUGAUUCUCUGUCUGAUGCUCAGAAGGACAUCUCCAUUCUGAAAAGGCUGGGUCUUCACAGAGAGUUUCUGACUGACAAGGAAGUGGAGUCGGCCUUCAUCCACUUGUCUCUCGCGUUCAAAUCCGACACAUUCACCUUGAAGAAGCGUCUCCAAGUGGAGGAGCGAGCGCGGGACGUGGCGGAGGAGAACAUCCAGAUGGAGCUGCAAGGCUGCAAAACCAUCCUGCAGAGGCUGAUGUCUGUGUGUGUGGACGGGAGACGGCAGGAGAUCUUGGCCCAGCUGGAGAAGAGCCUUCAGAUCCUCGACACAUCAAUAACACGGGUGUCCGGCCGCUCCGAGGUGCUGGGAGCUGUCCAUCAGGAGGCCCGGGUGAGCCGGGGAGUGGAGGUGAUGAUCCAGCACGUGGAGAACCUGAAGAGGCUCCACGUCAGGGAACACACUGAGCUCCAGGAGAUGAGGAGAAUCAUCCUGCAGAACUCUCGCUCCCGGCCAUUCCCAGAUACACCAGCCGAUGAAGAACUGCGAAACAAACAUCAAAUAAUGCGAGCUAUACAACAGAGUACAGCCCGCAGAAGAGUGAGCAUCGCUGUCAUCCCAAAGCAGCUCACGACCUUCCACAAUUCAGACUCCAAAGUGGGUGAGAGUGAAGUGGGCAGGACAGAGGCCGGCGUCACAAAGAGCUCGGGCGAUCGCAGGCGACUCUUCAACAGGAAGAUGGGGUUUCCCUGUGAGGAGCCAUCUGAGGACUCGACGGCACAGACACCACAAACAGGCUCGGGGAUGUCAGGCCCAGCCGUGCCAUCCGAGAGCAGCCAACACAAGCACGAGGGCACCUUCGUCAGGCGACCUAGGAGCUCCCUCUCUACAUGAUAUUGUACGUUAGAUGGUUCGACAGCCACUGAUACUUGGAUGCUGGUAACAAGAAGACAUCCUCCGAGGACCUCUCACAGAGCAGAUGUUCCCUGGCAUGGCUCCCCGUGCUCUCCUAGGGUUCAUUGUCUACUCCUCGCCAUUAAUAGACUCUGAUUAAUAAAGAGAAAAGUUACCAA